ACGAUGAUGCACAGAGCACUCUCAAAAUGCCAGAUGCGCCCACAGCUUGGCGACCCCCUGGACUGUGCAUCCAGAAAAGCAGCACCUCAGGGUGGCAGGCUUUACGCUAGCUUGCUACAGGCGAGGACCUCUUCCCAGAGAGCCCUUAAGGGGGAGCGGAUGCACAGGCGGGUCGAAAGUCCAGCUGCCGUUCUCGGAGUGACCCACUUUUGAUGGGGAAGUUCCUGCACAUUCGCCUCCGCUGUCCCGGUCCUAGGCUUGUUCCUCAUCGCGACGUCUGGCCGCCGAGAGAGGGAAGCCAGCGGGCCUGGAUAGAGACCUGCGGAUCCGUGGGAAAGGAGGAAGGGAGACGCAACCCAGCGCAGGAAAAGAGUGGACUGGACGGCUCCGCCCGCCGGGGAAGGUCUGCUCGAAGGGCGACCGCGCCGUCGGGAAGCGGGCAACGUCGACCGAGAACCGAGUCCUGGUCACAGGCGAAGGAGGGGAGAUCGCUGCUGCGUCCUUGCGCGCGGACGCCGGGAGGGAUCCCUCUGAUGAUCUGACGGAUCCUUUGAGGGAGCCCGGCAGCAGGGCACCAAGGGGCCGGCUGCAUAGAUGCCCUACUGACAACCCGUGAGGUCUUCGUCUUCGUGGGAUGGAUCCUGCCCCCGGCUCGGACAUUGAUGGAGGGGGCGGCCGCGGCGAGGCGGAUGAGCUGGCCAACGCCGCUGCCCGGGGAGACCUGGAGACAUUGAGACGGCUGCUGGAUGGUGGGGCGGACCCCAACGCGGUGAAUCGCUUCGGCAGGGCCCCGAUCCAGGUUAUGAUGAUGGGGAACCCCGGGGUAGCUCAGUUGCUUCUGCAAAGAGGAGCGGAUCCCAACCGGCCCGACCCGUCCACGGGCACGUUCCCGGUCCACGACGCGGCCCGCGGGGGCUUCCUGGACACGCUGCGGGUCCUGCGCCGAGGGAGCGCUCGCUUCGACGUGCGGGACCGCUGGGGGCGCCGCCCGCUGGACUUGGCUGAAGAAAGUGGCCAGAGCCGGGUAGUCAGUUUCCUCCAGGAGGCAUCGGGCUGAAACUCUCUUGACUUGAGAUCCGGGAUGAAGUCAGAGGACCAAGGGGAGAGCACCCCACCCCGCCGCCGCCGGAGGAGGAGAAUCGCGGGUGCGUAAACUUAAGACCCUUUGACUUGGCUCUUGAACGCCACCCGCCAGAGACAAGCGAGAUGGAGCUACAAUUUCGGCACCAGCAUAAACUCUACGAUCCUGCUUCGUUUGAAAUGUGGCUUGUUAGAUGUUUACAUGCUUCCACUACGCAUGGAGAAUGGGUAUGUCGGUUCGUGGGACAGUGUCUCCUGGUCUCUCACCCAUGCCAGUCUCCCAUGUACAAUGAUGUUCCAAAAGGAAACUGAGACAAUAGUCCAGGGGUUGGGGAUUUAUGGCUCCCCAGAUUUUGCGGGAUGAAGAACUCCCAUUUAUCCUUGACCAUGAUUCCCCACAGUGGAUGGGGUUGGUGUGGCAGUGCUGGAUUUAGGGCAGUGUGGGCAGGCCACACGCACACACCCCACUCCACCCACAGGGCACUGAGCCAAGGGG